AUUGUCGACGUGGAGGCAGAAAAAUUUAAUUUUUUCAAUUUUUCACGAGUUUUUCCUGUAUUUUAAUCAUUUAAAAUGAAUGAACAAGACAUUCCAAUUGUCGUGAGUGCGGAAAAAGCCUCGGAAUUUCUGAUAUCACGUCGGAUCGUCAACAAAAACUGGCCAACUGCCAUUCAGAACAUCAGAAAUUUGAUUGGAAAUGCAGUUCAAGACAUGCCUGAGCAUCCGGAGCUGAUAAAACUUUUGUCGGGGGCUCACAUCAACUACUUCCAUUGUUUGCAGAUCUUGGAAAUCCUCAAAAAGACAGAAGCUGAUACAAAAAACAUUUUUGGUCGAUAUUCUUCGGAGCGUUUCCAGACGUGGCAGGAAAUUAUCAAAGCUUAUGAAAAAGAUUCCGUUUAUUUGGCUGAAGCAGCGCAGAUUUUCUCGCGAAAUGUUCAAUACGAGAUCCCGGGAACAAAAAAGCAGAUUUCCAAGUUGGAACAGUCCCAAGAAGAAUGUGCGAAAAAAUGUCAGGAUCUGACAAAGUCGGAAAAUACGAUUCGCAACGAAUAUCAAGCGAUGUGCGAGCAAUUCGGCAUCAAAGGAGACAAUAUUAAGCAAGAAUUGAUCAAAGGACUUGAACGAUUGCCCGAAUCUUACGAGAAAAUUGCGAAAAGUGUUCCGAGUUUGCUAAAAGCGACCAAUUUGUAUGCAGAUUUUUCGGGAAAUAAGGAUGUUUUGCCACUAAUUCGACAUAUUGCAGUCGGGAAUACCACAGUGUACCAAUACACCUACGGAGAAGCUCCCUUAAGUGUCGAAGAGCCUCCGUUGAACAUCAGCAAAGACGAUGAUGAUGCCGAAAUCACUCCUGUGGGCGAUAUUGACUUUGGAGACUUGGGCGAUGGCGAUAUAAACCUCGAAACGGGCGACAUUGACUGGGGAAAUGUCGAAAAUAUUGAAGCAGCGCCGGCAGAAAUUGAUUUUGGAGAUUCCUUCGAGGAAAGCGGGAUUGUAGUUGAAAGUACGGGAUGUAGCGGAGGUGCCGCAACAGGAAAUGAGGCAUAUACUCUGCUUGAUUCGCCCAAAUAUCGCGAGCAAUUCAUCGAUGAAGUGUACGAACUCGAAGCUUUCCUUAAAUUGAGACUUUAUGAACUCAGUGCGGACAAACAUCAAUUCUGUUCUAUUGGUUCGGUGAAAAAUUUCACAGAUCACGAUGCCAAAAGUGUGCUCGAUAUGUUGAGUAAUGUCAAUGUAACACUGACUUCUGCCACAGACGAGACUUUGUAUCAUUUGCAUCAGAUCAAGCAUUCGCCAAAUUAUGUGAACAUUUUGACUGCAAAACUCAAACAACGUCUCUCAGCAAUUGAUAAAAUCGAUCGCACACGAGAAGAGUUGAAGAAAAAGUCGGCGGCGUAUCAUCAGGAAGCGAUCGAUUUGAGACCACAGCUCGUACGAUUGGUUGAACACACGAAAACGCUGCAGAAACAAAUCGAGGGCGACAUUUCCAAACGUUACAAAAAUCGGGUGGUCAAUUUGACGGGCGCCAAUUACAACAUUUGA